AAUACAGUGCGUAUCGAUUCUUUGCAGUGGUGCAGGCUAGAGGUGGCUGCAGUAGAGAGCUUAGGCCCCUGGCUGGCAGGCAGUGUGGAGUGUCUGUGACAGAUCUGGGCAGUGUUUCACUCAGCAGAGGAUUCUCUGUCCAUUCAUCCAGCCAGGCUCCUUCCCCAGCGAGUCCGGGCUUCCACUGCGUAACCAUGGAGGCAGAGUAAUCAGGAAGUAAACAUGAGCCUGUGUUAGUGUUGGUGUCUCUAUGGCAGUGAAAGAUCCCGUUCAAGGGGAGCCAGAGCUACGGCCUGUCUAAGCACUGCAGAGAGACAAAAACAACAUGAGGGAUCUGCUGACCACACAGAAGCAGAACUGCUACCGCGAGUUGAUUGAGAAGGAGGUCUACACCAGGCUAGCCUGGAAGGUGAAGUAUGGGCAGGAGUACUCCAGAGGCCAGUCCCUGAGGAGGCUGAAAGCCAACGCGGUCCCUAAGCUCCCAGCCCCAAGGACUGUCCUGCCGCCUGUCAUCUGCACUAAGAAGCCAGAGGAGCUUGCAGCGGCACAGACUGCAAGGAUUGGGCUGGAGCCCGACAUGAGGCCAGUGACACCACAGAUCCGCAGCACGCUCUACCAGGGCUUCUCCAAGGAGGGCAAAGGGAGGAACCUCUACCUGCAGAAGAGGAACCAGAAGAGUCCCGACGAGAAAUUCCAGCAUCCCAUCCUCUCAUCCUGGGAGUAUGGGUGGAGACUGGGUGAGUUAGUCAAAGAAGUGAAGAAGCCGGUUUACGGCAGAUCUGGACUUGUGAAGGAUACCUUUUAUGCUCGGAACAGCAUUUUCAACUUCCCCGCUCCCACUGAUCGGCUGGGCUAAAUAACCAUAGCAGCAUGCAUUGUGGGGUGUGUAUAGGAAUCCUUAGAGGUGCACAGUCUCUUAGUUAUCUUUUACCCUAAAAUUAGACUAUAGAAUUUUCUACUUACUCACAAACCGCCCCAUGUUGCCUGUCCAGUUUGUUACCCCCCGUGUAGUUUCAGGUGCAGGUGCACAAGCUGCCCCUCCUUGAAGCUUUCUGACCACAUUGUAACACCAUGAACUAAACUGGCUACAUGCAGCAGAAGGGGGUUAUGAAGGACAUCCAAAAUUUGGUACAAACUAAAUAUUCUUUUUAAAAAUGUAUCUUUUCAUGUUAUAUAAUAAAAAGUCUCCUUUA